AUGCUUGACGAUCCGAUUUCGAUGGUGAUUCGAGAUGCACAAGCAGCAAUGCUUCAACGCAACCAAACUGCCUCUGCACUACUACGCCUUCCCGCAGAGCUACGCAGUGAGAUCUACCACCACGUCCUCGGUUUCAAGCGGAUUCGCGUCGUCCUCAGCAAAGGCCGUGCACACACGUUCACCAUCAAAACUCGAUGUACGUCCACUGAGCCUCUCGGAACCUGGGAAUCUCCCCAGCACCUUCUCGCCUUGACCGGGGUCUGUCGUCAAAUACAGCUGGAAACAUCACGGCUGAUCUUCACGCUGAAUGAAUUUGAUGCCCGGCACUUGUACCGCUUCCAGGACCUUGUUACCGCUCUCACGCCGGCCCAACUCAACGCUAUCACGACUCUUCGUGUCCAGGUUCACGACGUGUGUCUGGAGGCAAACUCAAACGAAACAGGCCCGAGGUCGUAUAUCAUCCGUCCUGCGUGUCGGCAGAUUCUACACGCUCUUAGCGGUUUAGAGCGCGUAUUUGUCCAGGAGUGGACCGAGUGGCGUGAGAAUGGAUAUAUGGAGGAGAUGGGUUUAUCAAGCCAGCUCGCGUGCAAGAUCAUCAAGAUGAAUGCUCGAAAGGAAGAUAUGGAUUUGUAUGUUGAGGAUGUGAGCUAUGACGAUCCAUGUGAAAAUCUCGGAGUCAAGGAGGAGAGCGUUUUGAUAAGAGGAGGGCGGUGA